AUGUGCAAUCUUGUGCCAUCAAUUUUGGGAGAGGCAGAAAAAAAACUCUACAGCACUGACUAUUUGACCGCCGGCCCACCAGCACCUUUCUUCUUUCAGUAGGACCAUAUUCUCUUCUGUGCUCAGGAAGAACCACCCCCAUGCAUCUGCCACUGAUCAUUCUGGGCCUAGUUGCCAUUAUUGACACUUCCUUCAGUCAGUCUAGAUGCUAUCGCAAUAUAAAUGGAGUUGAUACCACUGGGGCUUCUUGUCAAACUGCAAGAUCAGAAGGCUUACCAUACUGUGGAGUCUGGGCUUCUGAAACGAUUGCUGCAAAGGACCUAACCAGAAUGAAUAAAUAUAAAGGCAUCAUUCAAAGUGCUGGUGGAAAACUGUGCAUAGAUCCAGCUGUGAUUGCUGGCAUCAUCUCUAGAGAGUCACGUGCAGGAGCUGCCCUAACCCGUGAUGGCUCGGGUGACAGGGGAAAUGGCUUCGGUUUGAUGCAAGUUGAUAAGAGGUAUCAUAAAAUCGUUGGGGCAUGGAACUCUGAGGCUCAUCUCAUCCAGGGCACGCAAAUCCUUGUGGGUAUGAUUAAGGCAAUCCAGAGAAAGUUCCCAAGGUGGACUAAAGAACAACAGCUGAAAGGUGGGAUUGCUGCCUACAAUGUAGGACCUGAAAAUGUCUGGACUUAUGCUGAUAUGGAUAUUGGCACAACCCACAAUGAUUAUGCCAAUGAUGUAGUUGCACGAGCCCAGUUUUACAAGAAAAAUGGAUACUAAAUGUGGGAAUGUCCUUCUACUUGGAUAAAUUACAGUCCUUAGGUUGAUUGGUCCAACUUUCAUGAGAGAGCUUGAGUAUUGCUCAAUGUUACUAAUUGUUCCUCUGAGCUAUGAGGCUUCCUUGUCAAUUUUUUGCCUUCCCAAUUUAAAAUGAUGCUUAUUUCGUUAUUUGUCAUUUUGCUAAGAAAUCAAAAGGGGAAGUUAUCUCUCUGGGGAAUUCACCUUUCAUUUUCAAUUUUUUUGUAAAUUACUUUGAAAAUGCAUUCUUACAGCUUUUGGUUGGAAAUCUUCAGGUGCUAUGCAAAUCAUGCAUAUGUAUUAGAAUUUUUCAGAAAAUGCUUAGAGCUCGGAGUGAGUGCUUACAAAUUAAGAAAAUCUUAAUAAAAUAUUAGUGAGUGAAGUGAAAA